AUUUUCAUAGGAAAUCUAAGAUUUAGUAAGGUUUUUUCUCUCUCUUUCUAUGCGACAACGGCGGCGAUCGAAUUUGCGAUCUAGGGUUUUCACAUGGUUUCUCGGCGGUGGGAUCCUGGAAUUGGAGAGGUGGUGAGAGUUGGGGCAGAUACUAAUCAUGAUCAGAAGCGUGGAGACAUGAUUCGGGAUUGCGGAGGCAAGAUCGGAAUCGAAUCGAUAUUAGGCAAGGAGAUAUUUGGGAGUUUAAGGAUUUGUGGAAUGGUGGGGAUUUGGAUACCAUUUUCGAUCAUCAUUAUGACGAAAUGGCGACUCUACCGAGAGCCAGUUGUUGGGCAACAUUGGUGAGAUGAGGAGUGGCGAGGGAACACGCAAAAGGCUGAAGCUCUCGGUGCCUCACUUUGAUAACUCGGCGUUGAUCAAAACAUACGCCAAAACCUUGAUUGGCCGAUAUAUGAAUCCGGAAGAGCAAGAUAUGGGGGCGCUGAUUACGAAUCUGCCUAAGAUUUAGAAAUUGGAAGAGAGGGUUACUGGUACGGACUUGGGACUUGGCAAGUUCCAGUUUGACUUUGAGAAGGAGGAGGACAUUGAGAUGGUCCUGAAGCAUCAACCCUAUCAUUUUGAUUACUGGAUGCUUGCUCUUGCAAGAUGGCAACCAAAGAAGUCUCAGCUUUAUCCUUCGGAAAUUCCUUUUUGGGUCAGAGUUUUAGGAGCACCGAUGGAGUUCAGGACGGUUCCCACAUUUGAGAGCAUUGGGAAUGCCAUUGGAAGGACGGUGACUGUUGAUGUGGAUCACGCUCGCAUUCAGGUGGUGGUAGAUGGCUUUAAAGAGCUAUGUCUGGAGACUACAGUUGACUUCAUAGGGGGGAAUUCUAUGAUGGAGAAGAGGCUCCAGUCUAAUUACGGUACGAGAAGUUGUUUGGGCACUAUAAAGUCUGCUCAAGUCUGUCACAAGGACGGAAAAUGUCCUCUAGACAAGAAGUAUGGCAAGCAAAGUCCAAAGAGAAAGAGGGAGGCUAGGGAGGGCAAUGGCGGAUGGCUAGAGGAGAUGAGGCAUGAGGACAUGGCUAGGAGUUAUAAAGGUGUAGUUAUUAACGGUGCUGCGAAUCAAUACAACAAAGAAAGGGAAGGGUAGAGAUUACUACAGAAAGGGAAAGGGCAAGAUGGGCCAAGAUUCUGAGUUCAAAUGGAAGAAGGUAGCAGAAAAGGGUUCUAUGCAAUCUGCCCAUCGAGGGAACUAUAGAGGGGAUGGUGACACUUCGAAGCAGAGACUUCCUAGCAAAGAGGAUACUCGCGUUGCGGAGCACGAGGUGCGUGUUCAAGGUCCCUCUGGACAGUCAAGAUUAUUUCAUGGCCAUUUGAGUGAGGAUGCUCGGGAGGAGGGGGAGAUCGUGCCAGAGGGGAAGAGUCUCAUGCCUCUACCUUCUCAAGAAUUCCAAGCACAAUUGGAGAGGACUCAGACAGUUGGGAAGAAGGUAAUUUCGGAUACGGUUGAUGCGGAGGAAGGAUUACAGAUGGUUAAGGGCUUGGUGGAGGAUCAAUCUGCUGCUGCAAAUGACCACAUCAUGGAGUGGGACGAGAUUCGAGCAACUUUUCUCGAGCAUGGAAUUGACAUGGAUGCAGCAGAUGAUUUACACGAUGUUUCUGAAAUGGAAGUUGAGGAGGAGAGUAUGGGCCAGGAGGAGGAGAAGAUCAAUCAAGUAGAUGAGAUGCAGCAUGUAACAGAUGGGGAAAAAGGACAGGGAGUAGGAGAUGCGGCGCUGAAGCAAGGAGCUAAGAAGAAGCAGUCUAAGCUGAUGGUGACCACAGCAGCAAGUACCAAGAUGAGGACUGCAAAUUCGUUUGUCUCACCACAAAAGCGUGCUGCAGCCAGGAUAAGCUCUCGUUAUGGUGAGACCAGCAAACAGCGAGAGAAAAAGGGCACGUCAAACCCGAGCUCAGAUCAUUCUAAGACUUAGUUAAUGGAUCAAGCCGUAAUAGCAGUAUGUUGCAGGUGAACUUUGGUUUUUAGGUGGGUGUUUUUACGUUAUUUAAUAAGCUCUAUGAGCAUCUAUUUCGUAUUUGGAGUCAAGGAUUUUCUAUCCUUAGUUGAUUUAUUUUUAAUCUGGUUAUUUGAGUUGUGUACUGUUUGGAUUAUGCUUUGGAAUAUUAGUGGUGUUUUGGCUU